GCAGAGUUGUCAGUCAGACACUCAGAGGGACAAGGCUCUCCUUUUGAAGACAUCUUCACUUCUCUUCUGCUCACCCAGUUGACAAUCUCUAUCUCUGCAAACAUGAUGAUGAGGAAGGCACAGUCAGUCACCAGCUCCUCUGGCACAACCAGGAGGUCCUAUGCCACACCGGUCUCCAGCACAUACAGCACAAGACAAAGCUUCAGCUCCGGUGGUGGUUACGGUGGUGGAAGGUCUCUUGGCUUUUCUUCUGCUUCCAUGACCUCCGCCCCAAUGCCAAUCACAGCCGUCCAGGUCAACCAGAGCCUGCUGGCUCCCCUGAACCUGGAAAUCGACCCCACCAUCCAGGCCGUCCGCAACCAGGAGAAGGAGCAGAUUAAGACCCUGAACAACCGCUUCGCCUCCUUCAUCGACAAGGUCCGUUUCCUGGAGCAGCAGAACAAGAUGCUGGAGACCAAGUGGAGCCUCCUGCAGGACCAGACCACCACCCGCUCCAACAUCGAUGGCAUGUUUGAGGCCUACAUUUCCAACCUGCGCAGACAGCUCGACGGGCUGGGCAAUGAGAAGAUGAAGCUGGAGGGAGAGCUGAAGAACAUGCAGGGCCUUGUUGAGGACUUCAAGCAGAAGUACGAGGAUGAAAUCAACAAGCGUGCAGCUGCUGAGAACGAGUUUGUGCUCCUGAAGAAGGAUGUCGAUGCCGCCUACAUGAACAAGGUUGAGCUGGAAGCCAAGGUUGAUGCUCUUCAGGAUGAGAUCAACUUCCUCAGGGCCAUCUACGAGGCUGAGCUCCGUGAGCUGCAGAGCCAGAUCAAGGACACCUCUGUCAUCGUGGAGAUGGACAACAGCCGCAACCUCGACAUGGACUCCAUUGUGGCUGAAGUGCGUGCCCAGUAUGAGGACAUUGCCAACCGCAGCAAGGCUGAAGCAGAGACCUGGUACAAGCAGAAGUAUGAGGAGAUGCAGACCUCUGCUGGCCAGUACGGAGAUGACCUGCGCUCAACCAAGGCUGAGAUCGCUGAGCUGAACCGCAUGAUCGCCCGUCUCCAGAACGAGAUUGAGGCCGUUAAGGGACAGAGGGCCAACCUUGAGGCUCAGAUCGCAGAGGCUGAGGAGCGCGGUGAGCUGGCAGUGAAGGAUGCCAAGCUCCGCAUCAAGGACCUGGAAGACGCUCUGCAGAGAGCCAAGCAGGACAUGGCCCGCCAGGUGCGCGAAUACCAGGAGCUGAUGAACGUCAAGCUCGCCCUGGACAUUGAGAUCGCCACCUACAGGAAACUGUUGGAAGGAGAGGAGACCAGACUGGCCAGCGGUGGAUCCAACGCCACCAUCCACGUGCAGCAGAGCUCCGGAGUGUCCAGCUCUGGUGGAUAUGGAAGCUCCGGUGGAUAUGGAAGCUCCGGUGGUUACGGUGGCACAAUCACCAAGUCCUCUGUGUCAUCUCAGAGUUCCAGGAGAUUCUAUUAAAGUCUUUUAAAAAGGAGAGCCGUCCCCCUUUCCCUUCAGAAACUUUAGAAUUUUGUCUAAAUCUGUACCCUUUCAUGGUGCUAUACAUUACGGUUAGGCAUAACAAAAGCUGAAUAUCCACAAAAUUUGCGAAUACUGAAACUGUCAACAUUGUCCUCUGUUCAGUUUAGCAACAUUUAAGAGUUUCUGAAGGAAAGCCAGGCCUUAAACAAACAAAGGCCAGUUAGCGAGGCACAUUUUCUUUUCUUUCUGCACUGACAUCUAAUAAACAAGAAAAGCGUUAAAACUAAGCAAGGAAAGCAUUUGAUAAUCUGAACUAUCUUGUCAAUUUUUGCACUGUAGUCUGCUCUGAAAGCCCCACUCGGGGUAAUAAUGAUUAUUUUCUUCUUCACAUAUGAGCGCAGAUAUAACCGAGAAGAAGCAAGUGACCACAUCGGAUCAAAGGAGAAAUAUUUGUGUGACUUUACAGUUUUGUUUACAGUUAAACUUUGAACCGACUGGUCACUGGCUAACUUCUUUUUUUUUUUUUUUUU